AUGGCCUCGUCUCGCCCUACCCGCCGGAACACCACCGCCGCCGAACAACUUCGGCUCGAAGCAAUGGAGCGCAAUCGCCGAGACAAUCAGGAUGGAAGCACCACAGGGCGUGGGUUGCGCGAAGGGCAUGGGGAGCGGGCAUACCGAAGUCGGGGAGGUGGAGACAAUGGAGAUAUGACUGAUCAGAGUGACGAGAUGGAAGCAUUACGAGCGGAAAACCGCAGACUCAGAGAAUUGACAAGGGAGCUACAAGUAGACGGCGACGGUCAAAGGGGCUACCCAGACGGACAUGAUCUGGUGGAGGCUUUCUUGGACUUUGAAAGACACGCCAAAGUAAGCAGCGCUGGCAAAGCCGUGAGCGAGCCAGGCUUCAAGAAGUUGGGUGGAGUCACCAACUACGAUGGAUGGAAGAAAUCGUUCCAAACCGUGGCCGAGAUACACAAUCUAUGGGAGAUGUACGAAGGCGGGUUUGACGAGUUGUCAACCACCAGAAACCAGAAAGUACUAGUCAUGUUUAGACGACUAUGCCGAAACGCCAUGGGCAUUUUGCAUACAGCCUGCGAUGGGACUAUAAGGUCGUCACUACAGAACGAGGAAAUUGAGCUCCCAUCCCGCGCGAUGGAGCUCCUAGGUGAGCGUAACCGCCAGAGAGGGAGUGCGAUCGUUUGGUCGUUGUUCAGAGAGUUCUUCAACACCACGCUUGCCAACACUGGAAGCGUUACUGAGUUUAGAAACAAGCUGGUAGAGGUGCAGGAAAGACUGGUGGCAAUCGACGUAGGUUAUCGCCUACCGUCGUGGCAGGUCAAUUCCCACUUUCUCACCGCACUCACCAGUGCGUUCGACAACAAGGUCGCUGUUCUGAGCUCAGAUGAAUCUAUUGUCUCCAUAACUAGCCCUAAAGAUUUCCAGAUCUUGGCUCGGGAGGUUAUUCAAGAAGAACAGCGACAGAUGAACAACGACGACGGCAUCACUCUGGCGGUGCACAAUCACAAGAAAUGCACGUUCUGUGGAAAGGCAGGACACCUGGCCAUCGCAGGGCCCACUGGUUGUUACAAGAUGAGCCAGAAUGCCAAAUACAGACCAAGAUGGGAGAGUCUCUGCUGGGGCAUGGUUAUCGCAUGCGUGUUAUGCCUGUCCCAAUGGACUGCUUUCGCCUACGUACUGGCGGCGUUGGGAGCAAGAUGGUGGAUGGAAGUCGAGGCAGAGACAUGGGAAGAAAGCAAUAGCCCAUGGUUGCCACUAGCACUGGGUGUCAUCAACGGACGACUGGCCCCAGACGACUGGGUCCUAGACAGUGGAAGCUACACACACGUGACUGGAAGACGAUCACUCUUCGAGACUCUGAGUCCGGCGCCACCUGGAAAGAGGGUGAUGGGCGUCGGAGGAGGCGUGGCAGUUGCAGGCGUUGGGACCGUGAAGAUUCCAAUAGCCUGCAAGGUCGACGGCAAAGCACACAACAAGACCUUUACUAUCCAAAACGUUUCGUACGCACCCGGACUUCCGUUCAACAUCAUCUCUUGUCGAGCGUUGACGUUGACGAAAGAGGGAGAGAGGGCAGGCAUACGCUUUGUAAUGGAUGGCCAUGAUCUUGAGAUCGUGCGGACAGGAACUGAACAAGUAAUAGCCACGGCUGACUGCCGUAACACCGACUUAUACGUACUGUCACGGCCAAAACCAGAAGCUACUCGAAAGCGGCGACCGCAGCCAUACGCCUUCACGGCAAUACCCUCCGAUGUGCCUAUCGAGAUUCACCAUCGUCGAUUAGGACACCUUGGAGAAGGGAGGCUACGAAGGCUGCUGCGGCGCCUCAACGCAUCGAGCGCAGAAGACCCACUGCCGCCAUGCGAACCCUGCAACCGAACAGGCAUGAAGAGGAGAAACUUUAAGAACUCCGGAACAAGGAGCACGAAGCCUCUACAAAGGGUCUUUAUCGACUUAGCAGGGCCAGUCAAUGCGUAUGAUGGCAAGAAGAAAGUAAAUGAUCGCUUCGCUCUCACUAUCACAGACGACUAUACAAGAUAUAGAUGGGUGAGAGUGUUGCGACACAAGAAUGAUGCAGCGAGAGAGCUGCGGAUCUGGAAGACCCAGGUCGAAAAAGAACUGGAACACCAAUUGCUCGCUGUUCGCAGAGACAACGGCGGAGAAUUCGACAACAAGCUGCUGAAUGAGUUCUUCAGAGAAACGGGCGUCAAGGUUGAGCCUACAGCGCCAUAUAAUCCUGAGCAAAACGGGGUCGCAGAGCGGGGCAUGAACAUACUGUUCGCAGCAGUGAGAGCGAUACUAGACGAGUCCAAUCUCGGUCAGCACUGUUUCGCAGAGAUCCUCACAAGUGUAGCAGAAAUUGUCAAUUAUUGCCCGACCUCGGCUAACCCCGAUGACCAAACACCGUACGAACGACUGUAUAGGAAGACACCGCCCAUUGAACACCUCAGGGUGUUGGGCUGUGAGUGCUGGAAGCCUCGUCCACGUAACAAUCACUCGAGUUUCAAGAAGCUUGAUCCCCGGGCAGACAAGUGUUACCUCCUUGGCUAUGUCGCGAAGCAUCAGUAUCGCGUGUGGAACACCUGUACCGAGCGAGUUGAACUGGUUCGAGACCUGCACUUUAACGAGAACGUAUUCGGUUUAGGGGAAGAAGUCCCUGAGACGGUACGUCAACCGGCUCAUCGCGACGAGGCGAUGAUUGAAAACACGCUUGGCCACAAGGCUAAGCGGCGACGAGUCUCUACAAUCGAGGGGGAGAUAUUGGCAGCCUUGUCAGUAAAGCUUCCUGCGAUUAGUGGAGGACUCGUGCUUAUCGCCGAAGACGGCGAGGUAAAUGAAGCGGAGCGCUUCUCUGAAGAGACUACGGAGGCUCAAGUAGCUCAGUCGCUGGCGUCAGUAGACCACGAAAACUGGAGCGCAGUAACUGAGUGCCUCGCUGCGCUGUCAGCGCUGGAGAAGAAUCAAGACAAACUGGAAAACCAGGUGGUUGAGUGUGCGGCCGGCUGCGCGCACGAACCAAAGAACUUUGAGGAGGCGGUCACUGGUGCGGAUGCAUCGCGAUGGAUCCCAUCUAUGGACGAAGAAGUCCGAGAGAUUAUAGCCAACGAUGUGUGGGAAGUAAUAGACCCCCCUCCGGGAGUGUCAAUCCUUAGCGGCAAGUUUGUAUACAAAAUCAAGACCAACGCCGAUGGAGAGGUCACUCGCUACAAGUCUCGCUGGUGCGCACGCGGCUUUGAACAAGAAUUGGGUGUCGAUGUUCUCGAAACAUUUGCAUCGGUGGUCAAGCCGAUGAGCUACAAAUUGCUGUUCGUGUUGGCCUGUUUACUGAAUUGGUCGAUCGAACAGAUGGACGUCAAGACAGCUUUUCUGUACGGAAAGAUCGACACGGACGUCUAUAUGGAACUACCACCAAACAUCAAGGACCAGCAUCCAGGGAAGAUCUGCAAACUCAGGAAAGCCCUCGGCAUCACGCUCACUACCGCUCCCUUGACCUUGACCGUGAGCGGGGCAGGUCCUACAGGACUGUCGACAGGUAGUCCUGGUGGGCCUGCAAACUCAACAGCUGUGUCGAGGCUCACGGACGCACCACCUCUUCCCGAUGCCACAGAAACUCGCGCAGAGAGUGCCGCCGGGUCCCUUAGUCCUGCUCUUACCCCAAGCGCAGCCGUACCCAGCUCUCUUGCCUCCGCUGCGAGUGAUGGGACACAGGCCAUGGGUUCCGUGCUAGAGACCAGUAGCUCCGCCGUGACCGCAGUUCCUACUUCGGCUGCAGACGGCAGUGCCGGCCCAUUCGUCAGCUCUGGUCAACCCACCAUAAGCCCCAGUGCGAGUGAUAUAAGUGACGAUGGUCAGCCCGCCGUAAGCCCCAGUGUGAGUGAUAUAAGUACCAACGGUCAACCCACCGCGGGUCCCAGUGCGGGUGACAUAAGUGACAAUGGUCAACUCGUCAACGAUGCUGCCUCUUCCACUCCACCCGCCGGCCUUUCUACUGGUGUCGGGGGAUCUGGCGCUCCUAUCGCCACAACCGCUACUAGCAAUGCCCCUGGGGUGAGCAGCGUCGCUGGGCUCUCGCCAGGUGGUACCACACUCGCACAGACAGAUCUCGGUAGUAAGCCCACGUCUAUGGCGGGGGCGCAGGCCUCUGCCUCUGCGGGACUGUACAGACCCACAGGAGCGUUGCUUGGACCGGACGCGAGCCAGGAGAACAGCACGGUCAGUCUGUCUCCGUCGUCCGUCGAUGCCCUUCAGUUGGCGCUCGUCCUGAAAAACCUGGGUGUCUGGGUGUUUAACGAGAGUAGGGUAGUGGAACCGCGUUCGCCGAGCGCGAGGGGCGAUACAGAGGGUCUGGCCAGCCUGGUGGCGGAGAUCGCUGUGCAAGAGCAGACGCAGUUGCGGACCCUACGGAGCCUGCUCCGCCGGUCGGGAAAUCCAGACGUGCCUUCCUGUCAAUACGAUCUGCCCAGCAACGUGACCGAGCUCAGCUUUCUCAUGGUCACUUUGAAGUCCAUCAACCUCGGCGUCUUCAUGUCGAUGGCGGAGGCAGCGGACGGGCCGGUCGCCAUCUUGUUGUCCAGUAUCGCCAGCGUCGACGCCAAGCACAUUGCGCUUCUCGGCGAACAUUCGCACCGCAACGCGAGCGGACAGUCUUUCGACACGCCUGCGACUCCGGCGUGGGCCUACAACUUCGCGCUGGAGUAUUCCCAGCCAGGCUCUUGCAGCGUAGAGCUGCCGCUUCCCAUAUUGCCGAAGCUCUCGAUAAACAAGAAGACUUCUGGCCAUGUGCGUCCGGGCACCAAUGUCAGCGUGGAAUGGGACGCUGCUGCUAAGUAUGCUGUUGCGCAGUUGGGCAACCAGGUGUUCGUGGCUUGGGUGAAUCAGGUCGCCCAGCCCGUCUUCACUGCCCUGACCCUGUUCGACGAGAAUUCCGGAAGCACGAUGGUACCACCUAGCCUAUCGGGCACAGCCUUUGCAGUGCUAGCAACGCAGCCAAAACUCACCAGCAUCGCUGAUCUGACAGCCGCUACACUGGCAGGUCCUGUCGUGGUCAGCUCUGAGCCGUAG